AUGGCUGACGAUGCCAUGGCGCCCCUCGCCUCUCUCUCACUCACACACGUCUACUACGACGCCGACGACCCCGUCUCCCUGCUCUGCGCCUACCUCGCCCUCCUUCCCCAGUCCCUCUGCAUCGUCUAUGCCACCCUCAUCCUAUCGACGCGAGAGGCGGAGAUCGCCCUCACCUUUGCCGGCCAACUCGCCUGCGAGGCUCUCAACUUCGUCCUCAAGCGGCUCAUCAAGGAGGAGCGCCCCCGCCGCAUACAUGGCAAAGGGUACGGCAUGCCCUCCUCCCACGCCCAGUUCGUCGUCUUCUGGAGCCUCUCCGUAACCCUCUUCCUCCUCAUCCGCCACCGACCCCGUCGCGCUCGGGGUCCCGCCAGCGCCGCCGCAGCCAAAUCGUCGAGCCGGCCGUGGUCCGUCGUCGAGCGCGUCGCUGUCAGCCUCGCCGCCGCCGUUCUGGCGAGCGCCACCGCCUGGAGCAGGAUAUAUCUCAACUACCACACCACCCGCCAGGUCCUCGCCGGCAGUGCCGCCGGUGCCGUCUCGGCCGUCGCUUGGUUCGUCGUCACCGGCGUCCUGCGACGCUCGGGUUGCCUGGCUUGGGCCCUCGACACGCCGCUCGCGAGGGCCUUCCGCGUGAGGGACCUCGUCGUCGAGGAGGAUAUGUGCCAGGCCGGGUGGGAGAAGUGGGAACAGAGGCGAGCGGCAGAGGCCGCCGCUGGCCAGACCAAAGCCAAGGCGAGCUGA